AUGGUUAGGCCUCCGUCCUGGCUUACAGACAAGGGCGUGGACGAGUUGGUUCCGGCAGAAUACGAUGCUAUUCGCCGCCAAUUUGUGGAACUCCUAGCUGCUGAGGAGAGAGAGUCUGGCUAUAGUACAUUGACAACGAGUACUGACGGAUCAGCGCUGGUGUGUCUCUCAGAUGUGAUGAACCGAACAUGGGAAACAGGGGCAUUUUGGUAUGCAAUGGCCCUUGCAAGUCCUUCUGGUUUGUUCACUAUUUUCAGCAAUCACAUCAGGCCCUUGUUUUGCACGGGCUACGAUGAGGAAUUCGGUGUGGUUAUGCCAUUUUUCUUCGAAAAGAAUGUGGGGAAAAUCGCAGGUCGCAAGCUCGCGGAUAAAGAGGAGUACGACAGGAAUCUUCGACAGGCCUUUGAAGACUGCUCAGGCUAA